AUCACUGAAAAGGAAAAAUGUCAGUAGCACGCUUAAGUUUUCGUUUAUUUUCUACAAAUUUGACACGAAAUGCUGUGAAUACAAAUCCGGUGGGCGGUCAAAGCCUAGUCGAAGCCGUUGGCAUAACCAAGAAUGGAAAAACCAUAGUCGCCUGGCAUCCCGAACAAGAGAUUCCCUAUGAAAACACCAAGCCUUUACCCGAAAUCGUGGUUUCCGAAAGUUCCGAGGUGAUCAAGGAGUCGGCACUACAGUCGGCCAUGCAAUCCUUUAAAAACAAGCAUCCAGAAGUUGCCCGCCAGGAGCUAAUGCAACUGACCCACACCACAAAGCAUCGGUGGUUCCCACGAGCCCGCGACAAGAAGGCCAAAAAGACUCCCAUGGACCGGCCUUACUUGUAGAUUGCAUAAUAAAUACAUUUAUAUUGUUUUAAUCUAA